UGACACUCAGGAAAUGCUUGUCUCCUGCUGUUGACGAAUAAUUUCAGAGUACUAUGGAUCAUGCUGAAGAAACUGAAAUCCUUGCAGCGGCCCAGAAGUACUAUGUGGACAGGCCUAUCUUUAGUCAUCUGGCCCUCCAGGAAAUACUGCACACGAAGGACAAGAUUCCGGAUUCCAUUGGGGAUAAGCUAAAACAGGCAUUCACAUGUACUCCGAAGAAAAUAAGAAAUAUCAUUUAUAUGUUCUUACCCAUAACUAAGUGGUUGCCAGCAUACAAAUUCAAGGAGUAUGUGUUGGGUGACUUGGUCUCAGGCAUUAGCACAGGGGUGCUUCAGCUUCCUCAAGGCUUAGCCUUCGCAAUGUUGGCAGCUGUGCCUCCGGUGUUCGGCCUGUACUCUUCGUUUUACCCUGUUAUCAUGUAUUGUUUUUUUGGAACCUCCAGACACAUAUCCAUAGGUCCGUUUGCUGUAAUUAGCCUGAUGAUUGGCGGCGUGGCUGUUCGAUUAGUACCAGAUGAUAUAGUCAUCCCGGGAGGAGUAAACGCAACCAAUGGUACAGAAGCCAGAGACGCCUUGAGAGUGAAAGUCGCCAUGUCAGUGACCUUACUUGCAGGAAUCAUUCAGUUUUGCCUAGGUGUCUGUAGGUUUGGAUUUGUGGCCAUAUACCUCACAGAGCCCCUGGUGCGUGGCUUUACCACGGCGGCAGCUGUGCAUGUCUUCACCUCCAUGUUAAAAUACCUGUUUGGAGUUAAAACAAAGCGGUACAGUGGGAUCUUUUCAGUGGUGUAUAGUACAGUUGCUGUGUUGCAGAAUGUUAAAAACCUCAACGUGUGUUCCCUAGGCGUCGGGCUGAUGGUUUUUGGUUUGCUGUUGGGUGGCAAGGAGUUUAAUGAGAGAUUUAAAGAGAAAUUGCCGGCACCCAUUCCGUUAGAGUUCUUUGCGGUGGUGAUGGGAACUGGCAUUUCAGCUGGGUUCAGCUUGCACGAGUCGUACAAUGUGGACGUCGUUGGGUCACUUCCUCUGGGGCUACUCCCUCCAGCCAAUCCGGACACCAGCCUCUUCCACCUCGUGUACGUGGAUGCCAUCGCCAUAGCCAUUGUUGGGUUUUCAGUGACCAUCUCGAUGGCCAAGACCUUGGGAAAUAAACAUGGCUACCAGGUCGAUGGCAAUCAGGAGCUCAUUGCGCUGGGACUGUGCAAUUCCAUUGGCUCACUCUUCCAGACUUUCGCAAUUUCAUGCUCCUUGUCUCGAAGCCUUGUUCAGGAGGGCACUGGAGGGAAGACACAGCUUGCAGGUUGUUUGGCCUCGUUAAUGAUUCUGAUGGUCAUAUUAGCCACCGGAUUCCUCUUUGAAUCAUUACCCCAGGCUGUGCUGUCGGCCAUUGUGAUCGUCAACCUGAAGGGAAUGUUUAUGCAAUUCUCAGAUCUCCCCUUUUUCUGGAGAACCAGCAAAAUAGAGCUGACCAUCUGGCUUACAACUUUCGUUUCCUCCUUGUUCCUGGGGUUGGACUAUGGUUUGAUUACUGCUGUCAUCAUUGCGCUGAUGACUGUGAUUUACAGAACACAGAGUCCGAGCUACAAAGUCCUUGGACAGCUUCCUGACACUGAUGUGUAUAUUGAUAUAGAUGCAUAUGAGGAGGUGAAAGAAAUUCCUGGAAUUAAAAUAUUCCAAAUAAAUGCCCCAAUUUAUUAUGCAAAUAGUGACUUGUAUAGCAGUGCAUUAAAAAGAAAGGAUGGAGAAGUAGACGGGGAAGAUGCUACGAAGACUGAAGAAGAGGAUGAUGAAAUAAAAUUUCCCCCAGUAGUCAUUAAGACCACAAUUCCUGAAGAACUGCAAAGAUUUAUGCCCCCAGGGGAAAAUGUCCACACUGUCAUUCUGGAUUUUACACAAGUCAAUUUUAUCGAUUCUGUUGGUGUAAAAACUCUGUCAGGGAUUGUAAAAGAAUAUGGAGAUGUCGGUAUUUAUGUGUAUUUAGCAGGAUGCAGUGCUUACCUCCAAAGGUACAUUUUGAGAAAAUGAGUCUGCCCUCCUGUGUGCCUGGAGGGCCAGCAAACACAGAUAAUUUGCCCUGGAGUGAGUAGGUGUGGUUUUGUUUGUUUUGUUUUAAGGGUUGGGGGUGGGGGAGGGGGGUGUGCCCUUGUGUGGGAAUGGUAUGUGGGAAGGCUUUAUCUCCUAUGUCUGCCCCUUUAAAGAUAGUAAGUCCAUUUAAAUUCUAAGAUCCCAUAAAACUUACCUGGUGUGAGCCUGUAUGUUUUAGUGAGUGCAAAGUGCUGUUGGUCCUUUUUAGUGUACCCUUCAUGAGUGCGUUUAGGAUUCAGUAUGUUUAGAUUCUUGAUAAUAUGGUUUGAGUGCUGUUAAAAGUUGAUAUGAGAAUUGAUAAAAGUAUUAUCUAAUUCUCCAAACAUAACCAAAAUGCAUGCAAUGGUUUUUAAGCCCCUCAUAUCCCAACAAAAUGUUCAAAAGCUAGCUGCCUGCUACUGACUUGGAUGUGACCAAGUUUGAGCAUCUGACAAAUCCAUCUUGCCUUUGAAAAGCUUACCAACUUCUUCAUUAUACUGGUAUAUAGCAUUUACUUUAUGUAACAGAUGAAUGAACCUGACCUUUGUGGAAAUUCAAUUUUUAUAAAUCUGACAUUUUUAAAUGUUAAAAAUAUUUUUUUUAAGUAUUACUCCAGUAUUACUUUUCUAGUCAUCAACCCUUUGUAUCCUGCUUUAUCUAUCAGCACCCUGGCACGUAUAAACAUCUCUCUACACAGUAAACACAGGUACAUGUGCAUUUUAGGUGAAGGGAAUUACUGGUGAAUGUAACUUUUAUGUUUUUAACUAUGGUAUAAGCAUGCUAAUCUAGAUAAUGUUGAUUCUAUCUGCAUAUACAUGCCUGGUUAGAAACACCCAUGUUUUUCAAAUAAUUUAUUGUAUAUUUGAUGCGUGGCCAGUUAGAUUUUUGUCCUGUAACUGAGAUGUCAAGAUUGAACUUAUAACAUGUUGGGCCUGAGUGAGGGCAACAUAUCCAAUUUGAGUUGUCUCAAAUUGAUGCAUGUGAUGUAUGUGGCUAUAUGAAAAAGUGGUAAGACUUCAAAGAGCAUAUUCUAAAUGCUUAAAUUUAUCAAAAUGUUAGAGCAAACCAUUUAUAGGUUCUGCUUAUAUUUUAUACCUCAUGAAAGACUAGGGCAGGCUUAGGGGGGAAAAAAUUUCUGAUAAAUUUCACAAAAAUGAAAAAUCAAAAAAGGAUGUGGUUGGAUUUUAUGAAUAAAGGGCUUUAAUUUUUCUGUUUGAAAACUUUCCAUGUUUUAAAUAUUUCAAUGUAAUACAGCAUUUUCUAUGUUGUCAACUUUUUUGUGAAUUAAACUGUAUCCACCUCUAUUUUGCAUUACUUAUGAAUAUUGAACUGCAAUAAAAACAUUCUUUAUUGUGCUUGAG